CGAAAAUAUUCUACACAUGUUCCUACAAUCAGUAGGUAGCUACUUUUAUAGUCUAGUUGAACCAAUAAUCUUUUACUUUAACCUUGGUUCGCUACCGCUUGACGAUUUUGAGAGAGCUUGCAAGGUCGUGGCUCUAAAAAGAUCCGAUGGCAGCUUAUCUGACCAAGAUUUCUAUAUUUUAUUUGGACUCUUUAAGCAAGCUACAGUCGGAAAUUACAACGUAACAGAUGAAUCUGAUGGUGACACCGUUCAGCUUCUAAAAUGGUCAAGUUGGAAGAAUUGCAAUGGAAAGUCUAGGAAGGAGUCUAUGCUAGAGUACAUUAGCAUAACCAAUUCCUUAUUUGGUGACUUUACACCAGACGAGGGUUCUAUGGGAUUUGGUGUUUUAAGUCAAGUAAACCUGUUGGAUAAUUUGGACAAGAACUUUCCACAUAAUGAAUUCUUUUCCCAAGUAACGAGUGGGAAUUUAGAAGCUAUAAAAGAGAUAUUAAAAGAUGAUCCUAACAUGGUUAAUGUCACAACCCCCGAGGGUUUAACCCCUUUGCAUUUGGCAGCUGAUCGUGGAUUUGAUCAUAUUGUCAAGUUACUGAUAAAAUAUGGAGCCGACAUAAAUGCAGUUGAUGAUAAUGGUGACACAGCUCUGCAUGUUGCAAUAGAGUCUGAACAACAGGAGAUAAUAAAGAUACUUAUAGAUAACAACGCAAAUACAGAGUUAGGUAACAUUGACGGGUUAACUCAGAGUGAAAUGCUGAAUUCACGCAUGCCAAGUUAG